ACGGCUUAGCUUUAAGGUUCGGCCACUUCACCCCCAAAUCGCUACCUGCUCUUCAGUUUGUAUCUUUCGUGCAAGUUUUUAUCAGACUCUCGUGCAAUAUACACGUAGCACCGCUGUCCGGCGACCGUCGCGUAUACAUACACAGCGCUAAUAGACAAACAGAAGCCAUCGAAUUAUGUGUUAAAGUGAAUUAAAUAAGGUUCAACGGCAUACAAAAGUACAUAGAACAUACAAAUAUAUUUCGCACUAUUUCGGCCAGAAAAGUUUCAUUUUUGAAUCAAUAAAACAGUGUGUGUGUGCAAGCACGCCCGCACCUAACGCGCAGCAUCCGUCCAUCAGCCCCAAAUCUGCAGCAAAGGCCGCAUUGCAUCUGGAAACUGGAACGCGGCACACGCAAUCCAAUACAAGAUACCUUCCCGUCCGUAUUGUUGAAUAUUAUUGCGGAGGAGACACUCCGACAGACGCCCCAAAAAGAGAACAGCCCCGAGCCACAUUUGUAGGCCAGAGUAAACCGAAGAAGCAACUUCAACAGCUACAGAAUGGUGGAUUUCCGAUUCGAUAUUAGGCCACUGUUUCCGGAGGCGAUUGUCAGGGUGACGUCAAACCUACUGCCGCACACCUUUCGCGGCGAUCGGCGCCAGUGCCUGGAUGCCACCUCGAAGAUGUCGGAGAUAAUUGACCGCUUGGGUGAGCUGUCGGCCACGUCGCAGGGCCUGUCCAAGCCGGUGACCACGGCCCAGCGUCUGCGGAUGUCCGAGAACCAGACCAUCUAUCUGCUCGCUGAUACAGAGGCAGGACACAAUGGAGCUGUGACUGGGCUGCUCAAGGUGGGCAACAAGGAUCUGUAUCUGUUCGAUGAGACCGGUCAGACCCGUAAGGUGGAGAGAGCUCCAUCCAUUCUGGACUUCUAUGUGCACGAGUCCCGUCAGCGCGCUGGACUGGGCAAGCGGUUGUUCGAGACCAUGCUGAGGGAGGAGAACUGGACCCCGUUGAAGUGCUCGGUGGACCGGCCCUCGGAGAAGCUGUUGGCCUUCUUCGGCAAGCACUACGGCCUGGUGCGCACCAUUCCGCAGUCCAACAACUUUGUGCUGUACGAGGGAUACUUCAAUGAAGCCAACUCCUCAAAUGGUCAUGCCCACGAGCAGUCUCCGCAUGAGACCAAGAACGGGCUGCACAUUACAAACAGUCCUAACACACAACUCUUUGGUGCUACUUACUUGGGCGAGGAUGUCAAUCACAGGCGACGCGGCUCCCAGCAGCAGAAGCAGAACUCAUCGAAUGUGCUGCUGCAGCAAAUAACACAGAUCUCACCCAACGGACGGUAUGGCGCCCGGCAUCCCACCUGCACCAUGGCAGAGAUAAUUUCUGGAAUCUCAAAGUGCAGCACCAAAGGCGGUGGCGCCGGCAGUGGAGAGUCGAGCAGCGGCAAUGGCGAUGGCAACAACAUUGCAGAGAUGAUGACCGCUCAAAUGGAUUUGCAUCACCUGGAGGACGAGCAACAGGCUCACGGACACAUGAAUACCAAACGAAUGGAUCUGCAGGAGGUGGCCGAUCAGGAGGAGGCACACUUCAUUCGGUUCGGGCUGCAACCUUCGAUAGAGGAGCCACAGGCGCAGUUUGAGCCAGAGCCUGAGCCAAUUACACCACCUUCACCGCCCCCGAAGACCCACACGCCCACACCGCCAUCGGUGCGUUCGCCGGAGGUGGCCGAGAGCAUCAUUGGCGAGAACCGCAGGCCAGCGGCCUUUCAGCUGAGCAAGCAGCACACCGGAAUGAAGAAUCGCUCCUUUGGCGUGGGCAUGGCGGUGAUGCCCAGCAGUAAGAUGGAGUUCGACCAGGAGGAGCGCGAAGACUUCGGUGUGGUCAAGAUAAAUCGUCCGCCGGGACACGAUGUCCACUCGCCGGGCCACGACAACACAGAUGCCGUGUCCACUGUAUCAUCUGGUGGCGGCGGCGGUGGUGGCGGUCACCUCACCAACGAGGGCUACAACGAUCUCAAGUUCUAUCACAACCGGUUGUGGUAAGAGAAGGGAAACCAGCAGCAAUUGCAUCUUUUGUACGUGGCAUAAUAAGCAUAAUCAAGCAGAUUAAACCAACAAUUUAGAGACUAAGCAUGUACUACUUAACCAGGCCUAAGCAGACACAAACCUACUACACUAACAAAACCACAAUCAGUCGGUUCCUGUACUUCAGUUCGAUAAUUUUGUUGUGAGCUUCUUCAGAGUUUUGUUGAUUCGUUCAUUUGUUACAAGCCUCGCACCCGGAACAGCAACGUAUCCGUUAUUUAUAGCCUCACAAUGUAAUUUUAACAAUAGCGAAAUGUAUGUAGAACAAUUCCCGUCAGCACUGAGCAGCAUUAAUUUAGAAAUUAGUUCUUAAUUCGUUUUAAACUCUUGAUUCGGAGUAGCAGGUCAUCAUUCUGAACCGUAUUUAAAGGCUUAAAUCUCAAUUGGUGUCCAGUAACAUAAUCCAACCCAAUAUGUGUAUCUUCCAAUUGCAGCAAACGCGAAUAUUUCGAGCAACUCUAUGGCGACUAUAUGCUAUAAUCACCAACACUACUACUAUCACCCCUCGAAAAUAUAAAAUCUAACCAACAUUCCCCAAUGAAUAUUUGUCCAAACUUUUAGUUGAUAGUGCGCCCCCAAUAUGCAAUGGAUACUUAGAUUAAAGACUAACGAACAUAAAUACAAAUAAAGCACAAUUUUGUCGAUUCUA